CUAGCUGUAAAAUUAUUAUUAUCAAGACAAAAUAUACAAAACAAUAAUGCCGAUAAUCGUUUUAAAAAAUUCUUUUAUUGUCUAUUAACAUUUUGUUUAUUUUUAGGUAUUAUACGUCAAUUAAAAAUAACUCAAUUGAAACCAUCGGAAAUUAUAGCAACAAUUUUCACGUGUUCAAUCCGACAAUUCGUUUCAAUUAUUUUUGCAUUUUUAUUAUAUACAACAUUAGUUGAUGAGCAACAUCCAUAUUAUAAAAAAUAUUUAAAAAAAAUUUUAAGUUUUCAUCUAUUUACACCAUUAGCUAAAUUAAGUUAUUCUGUUUAUUUAUUGCAUUUUCGUAUAGCAUCGGAUCUUGUUUAUAAAGGACCAUUAUAUAAAUUAUUAACAGUACAUAUUGAUUUAGCUACAUCAAUUUGUUUUAUUUUUACAUUAAUUAUAUCUCUAUUGAUUGGUUGUAUAUGGUAUUGUUUUGUUGAACAACCAUUUCUUAGAUUAACAAAUAAUCUUUUCCAUUUGGCUACUUCUCCAUCAAAAGAUGAACAACAAUCAUUGAUUGAUAAUAAUUCACUUGGUUUAAAAAAAGAAAAGUAA